AUGUCUAAUCUGUCUUCCAUCACAGUGACUCCAUUGGUCAUUGAUAGUACAUUCUUAAGUGAUUCUAAAAAGAUCAUUAAAGAAAAGAUCAUAGCCUGGGAAGGUUAUUCUAGAUCUGGUGCUGUUUCUGAAGAUGAUGUUAAACAUAUUAAGAUCUUAGAGAAACAAUCCACUGAAAAUAAAAAUUCAACUUUAUUAAAUCAAUUAGAAUUAUAUACCAAUACCAUUUUAAAUAUUUUAGAUAAAGCUGAACUGAGUGGUAAAGAAGAUGUUUUAAAGAAUAUUUUAGCAUUAACUAAUGAUUUCUUAUUAGAAUUACCAGGUCAAGAGUUUUUAGAUUCAUUAUUAAAAUUAUCCACUGUUGAUUCUGCAUUACCAUAUUCACCAUUUCUUAAAUUAUUAGAUAAUAAAGAUUUCAUCAUUAAAGCUUUAGGAUUAUAUAAUCUUACUAUAUUAUUAUCAAAAGCAUCUAAAUCUUCUGAAUAUGCUUCUAAGAUUGAUCAAGAAGUCUUGAUUAAAGUAUUUGAUUUAUUAUCAUCCAAUGAAUUCAUUGGUAAUACUCAAAAUAUAAAUUCUCAAUUUAUUGGUAUUCAAUUAUUACAAGAAUUAUUGAUUGUUAAAUCAUUCAAACAAGUUUAUGAAAGUUCCAACUUUAUCACAAAUUUUAAAUCUGUCAAUCAAUUAAUCGCAAGCCUGGCUAAGAGUGCCAAUUCAACUGGUUUACAAUUAUCUUAUAAUGUAUUAUUAACCACAUGGAUUUUAUCAUUUAGUGGAUCAAUUAAUAAAAUUUUAGUUCAUAACUUCCCUGAAUUAGUAGGAAACUUAUUAACUAUUGCCAAAGAAUCAAUUAAAUUAAAAAUCGUUAGAAUUUCAGUUGGGAUUUUAAAGAAUUUCACUGCUGUUACUUUAUCACCAAAUGAACAAUUUAAAACCGUUAAAAUCUUAUUAUUCCACGAUGGUUUAUCAUCUAUAAAUACUUUAAGGGAAAGAAAAUUUGCAUCUAAUGGUAGUGAUGAAGAAUUAUCCAAUGAUUUGAUUUAUUUAUCUGAUUUAUUAAAUGCUAUUGUUAGUGAUAGAUUAACUUCAUUUGAUGAAUAUUUAACUGAAUUAGAAAAUCCAAAUCUUUUAAGUUGGUCAUCACCAACUCAUAAAUCAAGUGAAUUCUGGAUAGAAAAUUCAGGUAAAUUCAAAGAUCAAAGUUAUAAAUUAGUUAAAAAGAUAUUUGAAAUUUUAUCUUCUAAAGAUUAUCCAAAUUCAAAGAUUAAAGUCAUUUUAUUAAAUGAUUUACAAUUCUUAAUUAAAAACAUUGGUCAAGAUUUAGUUAACUUUAUUAACACUGAAAAGAAUGGAGAAUAUAAAUUAUUAAUUAUGUCAUUUUUAGAUAACAAUGGUGGUGAUAAUGAAUUGAAAUAUGAAGCCUUAAAAGCUAUCCAAUUAUUAGUUGGACACAGUUUUUAA